UGUAGAAGCUCUCCUUGUUUCAGACGCACAUGAAAGAGCGAUAAUGCCCAUGAUGAUCUCUAGAGGCUCGGGAUCAUCUCUCCCAUUUGUAGAGGCAAAGAAAGCACCCGCAUCUGAGGACCUGGUCAAACGUGUGGUGUACACGUACCUGAUGGAUCCUGCAACAAAGCAAAAUGCAUUUUCUUCGCUUCGAGCACUGUUUAUGGCCUUUACAGUGAUUUGCUGUUCAUCCUCGAUCUCACUGGUAGCCAACAACCGUACAUAGACUCAGUCAAAGCAUCGAUCAACGCCAUCUGCGCGGAAAUACUGGGAUCCGAUCAUAUGAAAUCAGCUCACCCAGGCGAUCUUCGCGUCGCAUUUAUUGGGUUCCGCGAUCAUUAUCCCCAGGAUGACACAUUCGUUACCCGCCAAUGGGACUUUGUCUCGGAUAUCACUAGGAUCCACGCGAACUUGAGCCAUCUUCCCGAGGCGGAUGGCGGUGGAGAUGGGCCAGAAGCCGUAACAGCAGCUCUAGCUCGAGCUUUAACGAUGAAGUGGAGGAACGACUGCAACAAGGUCGCUGUGUUAGUCUCGGAUGCUCCACCCCACGGUAUUGGAUCCCAGGGCGAUUACUGGCCUGACGGUGUGCCAGGUGGUAAGAGUUCAUUACCAUCCGUCGUCGUAGACUCUGGGGUUCUGAAUUUGUGUAUACUUACGUCAGUUCCGGACCCUCUUGAUGUGGCGAGAGACAUGCUGAAGAAGAAGAUCACUUUACAUUUCGUCGCUUGCGAGCCAAGCUUGAGUCGCUUUCAUAAUGCGCUCGAUUUUUACCGUGGUCUUACCCGUAUAACGGCGGGCAUCGUCGUCCCACUUCUUGACUCCAAGGUCAUGUCAACUUGCAUCAUCGGCUCUGCUCUCGAAAGCCUUGCGAUACAGGAUCUCAUCAACGAAUACAGGGAAACCCUUGAGGAGUUGGUUUCCUCACGAGAUCCUUCAUUAGUAGUCAAAUACCUCCAUGCCCUAAUGCGCGUCAGAGGUCGUACGGCUGAUCAGCUGAUCAUGGAGAAUAUCUACGACAUGUCUGGCGACAGGAAGGAAAAUGUAGAAACAUGGUCGUCAGCUCGUAACCUCGCUGAUGCGAAGGCUCGAUUGAAGCGUGACUACUAGGUGAAUGUGUGAGCUGGAGAGAAUAGUUCUAGAUGCGAAGUUGUGUAGGAUAAGUUUUGAAGUUGACCUCGAUCUUGAUGAUAUAUUUCUCAGUGCUCACCUGAACGACACGGAGGCAAGGGACCUUGCGAUAAAUAGGUCUGAAUCUACUACUACUUCGAGGGAAGGAAUAAGAUCAAUGUAUUCCACUCGUUGCUCAAGUGUUGUCGUCACUCUAGAGCGCAAAAUCAGGC